CAAUUGUAAUCGCUUGGUAUCAAUUAGUUAAUUACUUACUCGGAAUUUUCAGGUUCGACCAAGUAACUGAUAUACCAUGGUGCAGGAGCAGCACACAAACUUUGAACCUGAUCGUUCUGUUGAAACGAACAGUGAGAAAACCACUGCUGUGAAUACAACCAAUGACUAUGACCCAUAUAGCCACAGAGUAGUACGACGACCCACCACAAACUUGGAGACUUUGGUCCACCUAUUCAAAUGCAGCUGCGGUACCGGAAUCCUCGCCAUGCCCAAGGCCUUCAGUUACUCCGGAUAUACCGUGGGUAUUAUUGGUACGAUCGUCAUUGGAUUUCUUGUCACGUACUGCGUUCACUUGAUUAUUAGAUGCGAGUACGAGCUUUGCAAGAGGAGGAGGGUUGCCAGUCUGACUUACCCCGGAAUUGCGGAGGCCGCUUUCGCCGAUGGACCGAAGGCGAUGCAAAAAAUUGCACCCUACGCCGGCCACGUGAUCAACGCCUUCUUGUUCGUUUACCAAAUGGGAUCGUGCUGUGUAUACCUAGUGUUUAUAGCGGUGAACGUGGAAGCCGUAGUGUCUCAGUAUACAGAGGGAUACGGCACUGAGAUGUACAUAUUGAUGUUCCUUGUGCCACUGGUACUGAUAAACUGGAUCAGAGACCUCAAGAGGCUGGCACCACUUUCUACCGUUGCCAACUGUGUAACACUCGUUAGUCUUGCAAUCAUUCUAUACUACACUAUCGAGAGAGGCCCAACGUUUUCGGCCAGAAAGCCAGUGGGCGACCUUAGAGAUUUUCCCUUGUUCUUCGGUACCGUGAUCUUCGCAAUCGAGGCAAUUGGCGUUAUAAUACCGUUAGAAAACGAAAUGAAGCAUCCCCAGGCAUUUGGAGGAACCUUCGGCGUUUUAAACCAAGGAAUGGGCGCUAUUGUGGUUCUAUACGGAUGUGUGGGACUUCUCGGCUAUUUAAGCUACGGAUCAACGACGGAGGGCACGGUUACUUUAAACCUGCCCAAGGAUGAGAUUGUAGCCCAAAUUGUCAAAGUGAGCUUGGCGUCGUCGAUCUUCAUCAGCUACACCAUUCAGUACUACGUGGCAAUAGAUAUCGCUUGGAAUCACUAUUUGGGACCAAAAUUUGAAAAACAUCCAAGAGUUGGUCUUAUAGAAUAUACUCUUAGGACUUUUCUGGUUGUACUGACAUGCGCCUUGGCGGCAGCAGUUCCGGCUCUGGAUUUAUUUAUAUCGCUCUUUGGAGCGCUGUGUUUGUCGGCCGUUGGAAUUGCAAUACCUGCAGCGAUUGAAUGCGGUACCUUUUGGUAUCAGACGCGUGGGUGGAGACUAUGCUGGAUGAUCACUAAGAACGUUGCGUUGGUUCUUUUCGGCCUAUGUGGAUUAAUUGUUGGUACUUACACGAGUUUAAGAGAUAUAAUAGCCAGGUUUUUGUGAUUAAACGGCUUUGUUGAAAUAAAGUACUAUCCCAACAAAAACCAUU